AUGUUUGGCUUUGGCGGGAAGAACCAGUUCCAGGUGGAUGGACAGACGGUUCUCAUCACUGGAGGCUCUGAGGGAAUGGGACGAAGUGUUGCCAUUGAGCUAGCUAAGAAAGGAGCAAAUAUUGUAAUUGUAUCUCGAACCGUUUCCAAGCUCGAGACAGCAUUGAAGGACAUCAAAGCUGCUGCUUUAUACCCAGAAAAGCAGAGGUUUCACUAUGUCAGUGCAGACCUGAAAGAUUACGAAGGGACUGAACGUGUUCUCGAAAAUGUUUCCAAAUGGAACGGAGACCAGCCGCCUGAUAUCGUCUGGUGCUGCGCCGGAAUGUCGCUGCCUGGGUUUUUUGUCACCACGCCGCCAGAGACACUAAAGUCCCAGAUGGAUACGAUUUACUGGACAGCUGCCUUUACCGCUCAUUCGACUCUAAACAGGUGGCUCUCGCCAGUUGCGCCUAGUUCAAGAAACGCAAAGACUUCUCCCCGUCACAUCAUUUUCACCUCAUCAGCUGCCGUGUUUGUACCGCUCGCCGGAUAUGGUCCAUAUAGCCCGGCAAAGGCAGCCAUGAGAGCUCUAGCAGACACCCUCGUCCAGGAAAUCGAAGUCUACAAUGGAUCAAGGAAGAACAUGCAACAGCCUGCCCCGGCAGCUGAUGUCAAGGUUCAUAUCGUUUAUCCUAUGGGAAUUCUCUCGCCUGGGUUUGCCCACGAACAGACCAUAAAGCCGGGCCUGACCAAGCUGUUAGAGGAAGCAGACAAGCCCCAGACGCCAGAGGAGGUUGCUAAGAUAUCGAUUAAGGGCCUUGAGAGAGGCGAGUAUAUGAUCACGACCCUGUUUAUCGCAACCUUGAUGAAGGCGGCUACCAUGGGAGCCAGUCCUCGGAACAAUAUCAUCAUGGAUACUCUUAUUAGUAUGGUGAGCGCCAUUGCGUUCCUGUUCGUUAUUCCAGAUUUGACAAGAAAAGCAUGGAAUUGGGGUCGUACUCAUGGUGUUCCACGUCGUGACUGA